AUGAAGUCCGCCAUUGCUACCAUCGGCAUGCUGGCCGCCGCCGCCUCUGCCUACUCCCACCACCCCCGGCACCUGCACUUCCCCCGUGCCAACAACACGGCCGAGCAGACGACCCUGACGGUCAUCGCCACGCAGAUUCACACCGUCACCAGCUGCGCCCCCACCGUCACCAACUGCCCGGCUCACUCCACGGGCAUCGCCUCCCUGCCCGAGUCCCAGAGGACCACGUUUGUCGUCACCGACACCGUCACCCUGGCCACGACCGUCUGCCCCGUCACCGAGGCCUCGAGCGUCUCCGCCUCCAUCAUCUCCCAGGCCACCAGCAGCGGCGCUCUCCCCAUCCCCACCAGCCAGGCCACCAUCCGCACCUCCGAGAUUCACCCCAGCGUUCCCCUGAGCACUGGCGUCCCUGGUGCCACCACCUCCAAGGCCGAGGCCACCUCCCUGCCGCCCGGUCUGACCACGACCACCACUGACGUCGUCACCUCCAAGACGCUGACCAUGACCCUCGGCACCGGCACCGACGCCUCCGUCGUCACCACCACCAUCCAGUCCACCGUCCAGAAGACCAUCACGGUGCCCUGCUCCCCGACGACUGACUCUGGCAACAAGCCCACUGGCCCCGCUGGCACCGGCAAGGACGACACUACCACCACCACCACGGCCACCUCCAAGAUCACCCGCACCAUCACCAUCUCCAAGACCACCCCGACCAACACUGCUGGCGUCCCCGGCAACGGCGGUAACGGUGGCAACGGUGGCAACGGCGACUGCUCCUGCCCUGCUGCUCAGACCGUCACCGUCACUGCCCCGGCCUCGACCGUCUACGUCACCAUCGGCGGCGGCAACGACGCUACCCAGACCGGCUCCCAGCCCGCUGUCACCGAGAAGACGGCCGAGCCCACGGCGGAGACCACCUCCACCCCGUGCCCCGAGUCCACCACGACCAGCCAGGUCACCGUCACCGUCGUCCCCUUCCCCACGGGCAACGGCACCCACACCAGCGGCACCGCCGGUCCCUCUGGCUUCGCCCGCCUCCGCCGCUAA